GCUUCUCUCUUCAUCAAUAAUCUUUCUUUCUUUCCUCAUCAAAAAGAAACCAUGAACUGGACGAGAGGGCACACGUUAGGCCAUGGCUCAACUGCCACAGUGUCGGCAGCCACCUGCCGCCACACCGGCGAAACAUUUGCCGCGAAGUCCACUGAGCUAUCGAAGUCUGAAUUCCUGCAAAAUGAGCAGAAAAUUCUGUCUACUUUAGACAGUCCUUUCAUAGUUGGCUACAAGGGGUAUGAUAUAAGUAUGGAAAACAAUAAGCUUAUGUUCAAUCUCAUGUUGGAGUAUUUGCCUGAUGGAUCAAUAGCGGAUGCAAUUCACAAAAGAGGCGGUCGGCUCGAGGAAUCCAUGAUCAGCUGUUACACAAGGCAAAUCGUUGAAGGACUAGAAUAUUUGCAUUCAAGUGGCAUAGUGCAUUGUGACGUUAAGGGGAGGAACAUUUUGUUAGAUGAACAUGGUGCUAAAAUUGCUGAUUUUGGAUGUGCCAAGUGGGCUGCACCGGUGCCCAGAAUCACUAGCCGGGAAAUCAAGAAAGUGGCAGUGGGUGGCACUCCUCUGUUCAUGGCCCCCGAAGUUGCCAGAGGGGAAGAUCAAGGACUUCCAGCUGAUAUAUGGGCUUUGGGAUGCACAAUUAUUGAGAUGGCCACAGGUGGUUCGCCUUGGCCUAAUGCAACCAAUGCAGCAUCUCUGAUGUAUGAGAUUGGAUUUUCAGGGGAACUGCCUGAAGUUCCUGAUUUUCUAUCUGAACAAGCAACAGAUUUUCUGAGCAAGUGCUUGAGAAGAGAUCCGAAAGAGCGAUGGACCGCUAAACAGCUUCUGAAUCAUCAGUUUCUUGAGGGGGCUAAUACCAAUUCAAAGCAGAAUCAAGAACUGAUUACCAGUUCUCCAACAAGUAUUCUUGAUCAAGAUAUCUGGAAUUCAAUGGAGGAACCAGACAAUCUGAGCGAUGGUGAAAUUAAAGAAAGUUCAUUGAAUUCUACUCCAGCUCAAAGACUACAAUUCUUGGCUUCAAAUUCAGGGUAUCCAAGCUGGAAUUCUGGUGAAACUUGGAUCACAAUCAGAAGCAGUAAAGAUGUGAAAAGGGAAGAUGAGGCCAUGGAAAUUUGUGGGUCAUUGACAGAUGUUGAUUCCAAUGGAGUGAAGCUGGAAAGCAGAAAUUCCGGUGAUCAGAAUUCAAUGAAUUUCUUACACCAAAAUGUCUCUAGUAAAAGUUGCUGUGGUAAAAUGAUUCUCAACAGAUGUACAGAUGAUCAAACAGUUGUAAUUAGCAAUCUCAAUAUUGAGAGAGUGAAAAAGAGGCCAAAGCUUAAUCAAAUUGGUUUUUUAUGAUUCA